CAGGCAGCAGAGCAUCCCCCCGGGGACACGUGCUCAUCCCUGGCUGUGCCAGCGACGCAGCCGCUUCUCCCCAGGCUGGUGGGGCCGGGUGGAUCUGGCAGGCGAGGCAGCUCCGUCCCUGGAUUUCUGCAGCUUUUCAUGUUGUUUCCUCCCCUCCCGCCCCCACUCCGGUUUUAUCAGCUCCAUUGAAAUCGGUCCCUGGAGGGAAACCCAUCGGCGCUGCGAAGCCUUGGCAGGAGGAGAGCGGAUGUGGCCUGGCCGGGCGUCCCCGCGGGGCGGCGGGCAGCUGCAGGCAGCUGUGCUGGCAGGAAGCCACGCAGAUGCCCCGCUCCGGGACCUGCCUGCACCCCACCUCGCAGCGCGGCCGCCUCGCUGGAGCCACGGCAAUGAAUGGACACGCUCUGCCGGCCGGCACGCCAGCACAUCCCCGGGGCUGGCAUGAGUUCUGCGAGCUGCACGCCAUCAGCACCGCCAAGGAGCUGGCGCGGCACUACCUGCGCUUUGCCACCGAGCACCCGCACCAUGACCUCCUGGCCGCCGAGAACUUCUCGGUGCAGUUCACCGACCUCUUCCAGCAGUACUUCUGCCACGAGGUGAAGGAGGGCUUCGCCAUGAACCAGCUCCGCAUCCUGCCUGCCGGCCCAGCGCGGGAUUACCGGGAGACGCACCGGCGGCACACGGAUGCCUCCCUGGGCACGGUGGCUGCCAAAGCCGAGGUGGAGCCGGGUGCCCGCCCCGAGCAGCCCAGCCGAGCCCCCGAGGCUGCCCCGACGGGGCUGCGCAAGUCCUGGAGCUCGGAGGAGCUGGCGGGGCCAGCACGCCGGCCCUUCUCGCUCAGCCAGCUGCGCAGGAGCUGGCGCAGCCUCUUCCGACGCCGUUCUUCGGAUACCCUCCCCGGGGAUGGGGAUGGGGAAGCGGUGGCGGAGGCGGCUCUCAAGCCGGGACUGGGUAAGCGCAUCCUGCCGUGGGGGCUGUCGAGGGAGCAGCCCCCCGAGGUGCGCAAGGAGGGGCUCCUCAAGUACGGGCUGCUGGACGAGACGUCCCUGGACAGCGGGACGCGCUGGCAGCGCUGCCGCCUGGUGCUGCGGCGAGCGGGGACGCCGGACGGCGAGGAGUACGUGCUGGAGCUCUUCGACCCGCCCAAGGGCUCCAAGCCGAAGCUGCACGCCGCCUGCUCUGCCGUCCAAGAGGUGCGGAGGUGCACGCGCCUCGAGAUGCCCGAUAACCUCCACACCUUCGUCCUCAAGGUCACCAACGCCACCGAUGUCCUCUUCGAGGCAGGGGACGAGCAGCAGCUCAGCUCCUGGACGGCCGAGAUCCGGGAGUGCGCACGCAGGGGGUCCGACGCGGGUGACCCCGAGCUCCUGGCAUGCCGGCACCCCGACCCCGCAGCUGCCAGCCCCACCACCAGCACUGACACCCUCGGCCAAGGGGUGACGCCGGGGGGCCCGGGGGAGGCGGCGGGGCCGAAGAUGGAGCAGUUCCUCUCCUCCUGCCCCUGGUUCCACGGGCCCAUCUCCCGCGUGAAGGCAGCUCAGCUGGUGCAGCUGGGGGGGCUGGAGGGCCACGGCGUCUUCCUGGUGCGGCAGAGUGAGACGCGCCGCGGCGAGUACGUGCUCACCUUCAACUUCCAGGGCAGAGCAAAGCACCUGCGGCUGGCGCUGACGGAGCGGGGCCAGUGCCGCGUCCAACACCUCCGCUUCUCCUCCAUCGUGGAGAUGCUGCACCACUUCCAUCGCUACCCCAUCCCGCUGGAGUGCGGGACAGCCUGCGACGUCCGUCUCUCCAGCUACGUCGUCGUCCUGCCCCAGCCGCAAGCUCCUGGCUCCGGCAGCACAGUCCCUCUCCCCCUGCCCGUCCCUGGCUGGAGCCCUGAAUUCAGCCUCGCCCCCGCCGGCUCCUCGUGCCCCCGCGGCCCCGACGAGACUCCCCCGGGUCCCCCACCGGAGCAGAUCUUCCACCUGGUGCCGCCGCCGGCCGAGCUGGCGCAGAGCCUGCGUCCGAGCAGGGCAGCCACGGCCCCUGGCACCCGGCACCGCAAUUCGGACUACGAGGCAGAGGCGCCGGGCCGGGGCCACGUCCGUGCCAUCGACAACCAGUACACACCACUCUGACGGGCACCACGCCGGCACCGGGAUGCACUUUCAGGUGGAGAAAUCCUAGAGACCUUCCGGGUAUCCCAUCAGAGAAAGAAUGUACCUAGUUUCUUCCUUCUGGUUAGGGAUGAUUAUUAUAUUUUUGCAAGGAAGGGGGUAAUUUUUCACUCCAGUACGGGUGUGCUCCCUCUCUUCGGCCUGUUAAAGGGCCUUUUAUUUUUAUUUUUUGUUGUUAUUAUCAAAGCUUUCUCGUUACUGUUUACACACA